CGGACAGUCGACUAUAUUAACUGUGACAUAAAUUUAAUUCUUUAAAUAAAUAAAUAUUACAAUUUUUUCCACUUUUUCGUAAUUGAGUCAUAACAAUUUUUAAAAUAAAUUCAAUUUAUUAUGGAGUUUAUUGCAAAAGCCGAAGAAAAACAUGGUAAAAUUAUAUUAAAUUCAUUAUUUAGACAAUCAUUUUUAUAUUUUUAAAAGGUCCUUAAACUAUAGGUAUACUAUAAAAAAAAUUAUUUAGACUAUAAAUAAUAUGAUAAAAAUGUACCCAUUUAAAUGAAUCACCCAGUAUGAGUUUUUUACUCAUAUUAUUUUUCCGUCAUAAGAUAUCUAUAACGUACCGUAAUUUCCACUCAAUGAUAAAUUUAUCACCGAUUAUCGUAUUUUCCCAACGUUAUUGAUUAUGAUGAUAUUUUAAUUUAAUGUCAAUAUUUGUAUUAAAAUAUCAUUAAAUAUCAUUUUACUUCGUGAAACAAAUAUCACAUAAUUAUUGUAAGUUAUAACAAUUUUACUAUCAUACGACCUACAGUAUACCUAUAUAAUAAAUAAUAUGACAUUUAUACUUUUAUAUUUUUUAUUUAAUUUAAUUUAAUCACCCCUGUAGUUUAUGUAAAUUUUUAAUAUUUUUUUGAACAUUUUUAAAUUUGUUUUUGUAGUACAAUAGUAAUAAUUUAUGAUACAAUCAUCCAUUAAUAUUCGAAUAAUAAAUUAAAUUUAUUCAUUCGAAGAAAAAUGAAAAGGCAUAUUUUAGGCGAGAACGGGUAACUUUCAUAAAAAGUAUAGACCUGCAAGAGCCGCGCUGGUCUGGUCCUUAUAAAGCCCAGCGCGUAUUACAUUGGAGCAAGUCUGUAAGAUUCAGACUUGAACCUGAAAAAAGGAGCUGGAUCGCACAUUUUUUAGUUUAAUUUUUAGGGCAGGGUUGAGCUGAACUUCAAAUAUCAAACCAAGGAUUGGACCGGGCUUUUUAAAGUUAUGGAAUUGUAUAAUAGACCGAGCCUGAAAUUUUUUUUUUGCACAAUUAUUAUAGGGAUUGAACUGGCCCUUAACAAGAAAAUUAUUCACUUAAAGCCAGUUAUAACAUCACUGUUGUCAUAAAUUAUUAAAGGAAUGUCGUAUAGAUUUUUUUUAAAUAUAUUUGAACCAGCUAGCUUAUAUAAAAAAACUAAAUAUCUAAAACUAGACUUGACUUUUUAAAAGAUUAGCGUUAUCAGCGAACUGAGUCAGGGCCUUUUUUUUUUUACAAAAUAUGUUGGACUAGAUUGACCCAGACUUAAAAAAAAAAAUGUUGGACCAGAACAGACCGAAAAUUGACGGCCUAACAGAUCUAUAGCAAAUAUGUUUUCUGCUUUAAUAGUUCGAAUAGAUUCUAACUAUUAUUAUAAUAAUUAUUAAUGUCUUGUGCUAAUGUCUAAUUUUUCACAAAUACAUAUACUAUAUACAAUGAAAGAAAUGUAUUUGUAAAACCGAAAGAAAACAAAGGUAGUUUUAACAAUAUCUGUCACUCCUGAACCGAAAAAGAUAUUAUUAUAAAUACAUAGGAACAGGGCCGGAUUAACAUAGAUGCAAAAGAAGCUUUUUUGCUUCAGGGCAACAAAUUUAUAGAAGUAGCAAUGUUGUAUAAGUUUUGAUGUCCAAAUAUCUAUUUAGUACAAUUUUCUUUUCUCAAUGUUUAAUCGAGUAAUUAGAUUUAGUAAUUUUAUAAAUUUAUGAUUUAUGGAAAAAUAGUACUUAUUAAAUAUGUAAAAUUAAAAAUUAUAUAAUACAAAUACAACUUUAAGGGUUAACUACCAUAGUUUCCAGGUCCUCAUUAAAAAUAAAUCAAUUUUAAAAAAAAUUAUUAAUAAUGAAAAAAUAUUAUCUAUAUAACCUACCUAAUACAUUUUUUAAAUUUUGUUUAUUAUUAAUAUUAAAAACAAUUUUGGUUAUUGUUUUUUGUCUUUUUCUUUGUUUUUGAAAACAAAUUUUUCUAUACCUUAAUUAUAAAGUAGGUAAUACAUUAUAUACAUUUAUAAUUAUAAGUUAUAAUAUGUAUACAUAUUGUUAUUGUUGUUUAAUGAAAUUAUACCGAAGACUGAAGAUUAAAGGUAAUAAUACAAUAACAAAUUAAAACUGUUCCAAAUUGGUACAUAAUAGAUUUAUUAUUUAUUUAUUUAUUCAUUUAUUACUAAAGGCCGAAUAUAUUAAUAUUGUGGUCGUUGAAUUUUAAUUUCGCCUGACCACCAUUUUCAAAGUUCGGUGCCACUGACAGUGUCACUGACAGUGACCCAUUGUACAAAGUAUGUCAAUCUUUUUUAACUUUAUAUUUACCCAUGUUUAUCGUUCCUCAAAAAAGGAAUUCGUUCCUUUUUUUAAGCGUUUUUUUUUUUUUUUUUAUGAAUACGCAUAUUAUAGUUCAUAAAAAAAAGAUACCGAGGGCAGGCGUAACUACUGUUACGCCCGCCUGUUAGGUGGGAAAUUGGGGAGGUAAGAUAACAAAAGUUGGAGACUAUUCUUAUUUUUUAGAAUUUACAUGUUUAAAACCCUAAUAAAUUAAAUAAAAUUAAUUUCCUAGUUCCUACCCAAAAAAUGAAAAAAAAUAUAUUAUUUGAAAAAAAAUGUAUCAUCAAUUUACUGAAAAUUCAAAAUAUAAUAUUUUAUUAACUAUACAAAAAAAUAAGAAUUAUUACACUGACAAUAAAUGGUAUUAAUUAUCAUUUGUAAAUUUGACGUUUGUCAUAAUUAAAUAAGUUACAUUGUUUGUUACCAUUUUAAACGAUUAUCAUCGAAAUACCGUUUAUAUUACGGUUAUAUAUAAAUAAAAUAUUAGUAACUGACGAAAUGAAACCAUUACUAAACAAUUUCUAAACAAUAUUAUCACUAAAAUAACGUGCGUUUCAUUUUUUUUUUUUUUUUCAUAAUAGAAGGAACAGAAAAUUGCAUUUAUGAUCUACAUAAAUAGGAACUCUUUCCCGUUCCUCGUUCCUUCCUAACCCUGAUUUAUAAUGAUGUAUUAUUAUUAGUUAUUACAAAUGUCUAACUUUUUUUUUAAGAGUGCAGACUUGGUUGGGAGAGGGUGGUGAAAUAUAUUUUCACUUACUCUUAAAAUCGACACGGGAAAUGGGCUCUUUUAUAUUUGUAAAAUAGAACAUGUUAAUACAUAAAAUAAGAAAUAUAAUAUUAAAAUGCAUAUUAUAAAUGUAUUGUUCAAAGUGUAAUCUCUAGUUUUUCGUAGAAGAGAAUUUUUCAAUGAUAAUAAUAUAUAUCCACUGAUAAACUAAUUAUUUCUUGGUAAUAUGCAAAAGUACGAGCCCGCAUCCUGGAACGUUUAUUUCGAAAACUAAAAAUCAAUGUUAAGAAUCGAACCACCAAAUUGAAAUGAUAAAUUCAAAAACCUUGACCCGGUUCGACUAUAGAUAGCGAAAAUAAUUUUAUAUUUAUGGAUUUGACAUUGUUAUUAUAUGAUUAUAUAAUUAUUAUUAUUAUCAUAUCAUUAAGGUACUUACUUCAUAAAAAAGUAAAUAUCAAUCGAAAUAAUUGUAAAAGCACUAAAAACAGAUAACAAUGCACACAUAAUUUUACGGUCCACCCACAGGUAUUUUUUAAAAAGGUGCUACACUUUGAAAUCGGUGCAAAAUUUCUGAAAGAAAAUUUGUACACUGUAUAAAAAAAAUAAAAUAAAAAUAAACUUCUUUAUAAAACCAAUACGUUCCUCGCUUCACAUAUUUAAAAUAAAGGAAUCUUAGCGCCGUAAAUUUAUCAGUUUUAACUUUUCGUCAUUUUUCGGUUUUUUCAAUUAUUAAAAAAACUACCUAAAAAUCAAAAAAUCAAUUACGGACCUACAGUAGCGGAUUUUCAACAUUAUUCUAGGGAGGUCCUGAAAAAUAUCAUUUAUAUUUAAAAGGUAUCUCUUUUAAUAGAUGUCUCUAUUUUGGACGAAAUUUCAUUGAAAUUAUAUCAGUGUCUGGGAAGGUGUCCACUGCUUAUCCACGGACCAGAUUAAAAAUACAACAAAAAAGUCUCUAGUCGUUUUUUUACUGGAGCAAUCAUUUAUGUGAGAAAAUUGUCCAAACAGAAAAAAUAAAAAUAAAAAAAUAUAGUAAAACCAGUACAUUCCUCGCUACGCUCCGAAUCUAAAAGAAAUAGAUUUUAAAUGUCCCAAAUAAAAGUACUAGCACCUUUAUUAGCAUUUAUAAAGUUUGCACAUAGAUAUUAUUGGCAAAAUUAUUAUGAAUUGUUUAUUUUAUUUAGUUGUUGUAUACUUUAUUUAUUAUUAUUAUUUUAGGUAGACAAUAUGACUACCUGUUUUUUAGCAGCUCUUUUUCAGGGUGAAAUCUAUUAAAUACUAAACGGUACUAAAUUGUUUUAUAGAAAAACAUCCAUGGGGCCAACGGCAAGUUCAAACAUUUCUUCUAUUCAUAUGUAUGGCCAUUGCAUACGCGUUGAGAGUCAAUCUGUCUGUUGGCAUUGUGGUCAUGACCAAUAAUUCAAUUGCUAACAAAAAUUUUGUUGUGAGUAUCUAACUAAUGUACCUCUAAAAUCUAUAAUAUUCUAACAAUAGUGAGCUCGAGUGAUAAUACAUUGUAAAAUAAUUGAUUAACAUUUUAGGAAUUUUCGUGGGACGGACCAUCAAAAAGCCUAAUAUUAAGUUCUUUUUUUUGGGGCUAUCUAGUUACUCAAAUAUAUGGUGGACAAAUGGCCGAGAAAUAUGGAGGUAAAUAUUUCUUAGUUGGCGCGAUAGGAGUCAGUGGCGUUUUAACAAUAAUGACUCCGUGGUCAGCAAUACACGGUGGUAUACUACUGAUGUGUGCUAAUCGAAUGAUUCAAGGAAUGGCGCAAGUGAGUUUAAAAAUAUAAAUCACGUUUUUAAUAAUAAUAAAGAUGAAACCACAGCAGAGUAUAGAAAAUCACUUAAAAAGAUAAAAUACAUUGCAUACUUUUAGUGUUUUAGAUUGGUUUAAGAGUUAUUUGGAUAAUAAUAGCAAAUAGUUUGGAUUUGAUGACAUUACCGCUAAAAUAAAAUAGGUAGUAAUAAACUUACAGCGGUGUACGUUAAGGCAGUGUCCUGGAUGUAAUUUUAUUUAAUUUUUAACAUACAGUAUUUAUAAUUUAGAAGACGUUUUUUUUCUUUUCUCGUGGGAUUUCUGGAAUGAUGUAAGUACGUAUUAAAACUAUAAAAGAAUUUUAAAGAGUUACUGUGUUUUUAAAUUAUAGAAAGAUAUAAAUUAAACAAAAACAAUGUUUAAAAACUUCAUAAUUAAUAAUAAUUUUUUUUGACAAUUUUGACGAUUGAUUUAACAAUACAUUUUUGUGAUAGUUAUAACUCAUGAAAAGAUUGAAACUGAUUGACGAACAGUGAAUAACUUACUGAUAAUUCCAAACUAUUAAAAAUUAGUAUGGUAAAAAUUGGUUUUACAAUGUUUAUUUUUUUUCUAUGAAAAACUUUUCUACUAGCAAUUUUACUCCAAUUUUUAAUUAUAAUACUUUUUCUGAAAAACAUUUAAAAAAAAAUUAAUGUAUUUUCUUAAAAAAUGUAAAAAGUAACUUGUAACUUUAACUUUUUAAUUUUUGAUUAGUAACUAAUAAUUUAAUUGAGUUACUUAAUUAAGGAAAGUUUAAUUGUAACUUACUCAGUUACUAAAGUUGAGUAACUAGCCCAGCUUUGAUUAUUUGUAAAUAUUAUUCCUAUUAUUGAUAAAUGAUAUGUUGUUAUUUUUUUUCUCCUUACCAGUAUUUUACUUAUAUAUAAUACUAUAUUAUUGUAUUUUUUUAUGAAAUAAUUAUUAUAAAAUAAAUAUUACAAAGCAGUUAUAAAUAUCAAAAAAAUAUACUCAUAACAUACGUAUACUAAGUAGUAGGUAUUUUAUGCAAUACUUCGUUAGUAAUUGAAGGUUAACGUUAAUAAACAAUAUUAUAUAAUAAUACUAUUUUAUGUGCUUGAAAUGUUUGUUUUUAGGGUUUUAUAUUUCCUACACUUAGUGUUUUGUUAUCGAAAUGGGCACCAGCGCCUGAAAAAAGUCGUUUGAUUUCGUUUGUGUUUAGCGGUUCCAAAUUUGGUUCUAUGGUUAUGCUUGCUACAUCAGGAUUUUUAGCUGAUAGUGCAGGAGGAUGGCCGGCUAUAUUUUAUGUAAGCGGUAUUGUAGCAUUAAUAUGGAUAAUAUUCUGGUGUUUAUUGGGAUCUAACGGACCAGAAGAACAUCCGAGUAUAAAUGAGAAAGAAAGACAAUUUAUUAUAGACUCACUAAGUAAAUACUCAUCAAGAAAGGUAAAUAAAUAAAAUUUCAUAUUAAAAAAGAUAAUUUAAAAAUAUUGUUUGCAGCAUUUAAAAACGCCAUGGAACAAAAUAAUUAAAUCGAUACCUAUGUGGUCGUUACUUGUUGUGCAUAUGGCACAAAACUGGGGAUUCUGGAUUUUAUUAACAAAUAUACCAACCUAUAUUAAUUAUAUACUGAAGUUUAAUAUUAAAUCGGUGAACAUUUUGGAGAAUUUAAAUUUUCAUCAGAUUUUUACAAUAUUAUUUUGAAUUUAUUUGUUUUUAGAAUGGAUUUUUAUCAGCAAUGCCAUAUUUUAUCAUGUGGGUACUAAUCAUGGUAUUUUCUUGGAUCAGCGACUACAUCAAUUUACACGGUUUGAUGUCAAAUACACACCAAAAAAAAAUGUGGAAUAGCAUAGCACAGUGGGGUGCAGCCUUAGCAUUGAUGGCCCUCUGUUUAGACACAUCACCAACAAUAGCAAUAAUUUUAUUAAAUGUUGCUUUAGGGCUCAACAGUGCUAUUGUAACUGGUUUUAUGACUAGUCAUAUUGAUUUAGCACCAAAUUUCGCAGGCACAUUAAUGGGAAUUACAAAUAGUUUUUCAAAUGUAACAUCAAUAUUGGGACCAUUGAUAGUAGGAUUUAUCGUUAAAGACGUUGUAAGAUACAUCACUAUACAAAAAAAACAAAAAAAAAAAAUGUUAUUCAAUAUUAAAACUUUUUUAAUGUUCUAGAAUAACAAGACCGAAUGGAAUACUGCAUUUACAAUUUCAGCUGGUAUCUUCUUCCUAGGAAAUUUGAUUUAUAUUAUAUUUGGAAGCGCUGAAGUUCAGCCAUGGAAUGAUCUAUCAAAAACUAACAAAACACAAACAUUAUCAAAAGAAGACAAUAGCGAAAAACCUUGAUUUUGUUUUUAUUGUAGUAUGUUUUAGAGUUGAUUAGACAUUUGCAUUAUUAUUUAAAUAUCAAUAAUUAUUCGUAAUAAUAUUUAAUAAUGUCUCAUAAUUUUUAUUUUUAAUAGAAUACGUACUUAUAGAUUUUAGUGUACCUACCAAGGACCAAAAGGACUUUGCAAAGCCAUCGCUUUUUAUUAAUUUGAUAAACUUACCUUUAAGCAUUUUGAUUUGCCCUUAAAUAAAACUACAACAACAUAA